AUGAUGGCGAAAAAGAUGCAAGGUAGUGGAGAUGACCAAGAGGAAUUACGGGAAGCAUUCCGAGUGUUUGAUAAAGAUGGAAAUGGUUUUAUUAGUGCAGCUGAACUAAGACAUGUUAUGACAAAUCUAGGAGAAAAACUUACGGACGGAGAAGUUGACGAAAUGAUACGGGAAGCUGAUACAGAUGGCGACGGUCAAGUCAAUUAUUCAGAGUUUGUGAAGAUGAUGACCCACAAGUAAAUUAUUAUGUAUACCAUUACCUCAUUUAAUUGCAAUAAAAUAAUAAUUUUAAAUAAAAAUAUAUAACGCCAAC